AUGGCCACCGCGGUCAAGUUCGCGCUCCCAUCAGGGGCACAGUACUUUACACCAUUCGCUGUAUUUCCAGUGGAGAUUCGCCUCCAGAUAUGGGAGGCUGCCAUAUUCGAACCUGGCAUGCACUUUCUCAGGAUUGUGCCCAACGAAGACCAGGGCCACGUCCUCGCCCGAGUCAUCCAAGGCUCCCGUCGUUUCCUCCUUGUCAGAGCACAUCUUGCUCCCAUAUUCCCGAAUCCGAAAGCCGACAACUCACAUUACGUCGCCCUCGCAAAGGUCCUCGAAACCCUUUCCAACACCUGCAGUGAGGCCAAGCGCGUGGUCCAGCGCCUUCUUCGGGACCCGGGCACACUCGAGGUCAACGGGCAGCCCAUCGCCCUGACCUCUCACGCCCAGGACAUCGUGUGCCUCGACUACCUGCCAUCGGACCUCUUCUACAGUGGGUGCCGCAUAUCACACGACUUUCGGUGUCCAGGUCUCGACAAGAUUCGCCAUCUGGCCGUCAGGUACUGCCACAAGUGGGAGACGGUGGUCUUGCUGUGUGAAGCUUGUGGCGGUUCGCACAUGCGUGAGACGACCAAGAACCACCCCGUCCACGCCUAUCAGUUCCUUGCGCGGCAGUGUCCCAACCUGGAGACGUUCUACCUCAUCGACUACUUGAUAUUGCGAAAGGAAGCAAAUGAAGCUGCGGGUCAGUUGAGCAACCUCGAUCGGAAGCCUGUCACUGGACAUUCUUCAGAUGGCCAAGUGCUUCCGCCGGUGCAAAGUAUACCUAGUGGAAGGGCAUAUCGAGAGAGUCCAAAGUUCACAAGUAGCGGUCGAACUUAUUUCGAGAUUGCUCGGGACCAGGAUGACUGGCUCGUCCAGUCGCGCGUAUUCGAGACUCUCGACUGGAUUCAAAAGAGCUUUCGCCGAUACGCUGUCGAGAGCACCACCACUCGCCACCGGCACAGUCGACCCCUCCAGGUCCAAUUCAAGGUCCUCUCUUGCGAAUGGGACGUUGUCCAGGCGACAGCGGCUCCGAAACCGAAGAUUGUUGCGCAGCGAAAAGGAAACAACAAGCGCAUGUUUGCCGGCGAUGCAACGGAGCCCGCCCGCAAAUCGGCCAGAUCGACCAGCAGCCAGUCCAUGACUACAGUCUCUGUGCCGUGCAGUCAACGGAUGGGUUUCGUGUUCGGGCAGGGGGAGCAUCACGACUUUGUUUUCGGGAGAGGAGGUCGCCGCGGUCAGUAG